UCCCCCGCCUCCUGCCCCUUUGAAGUCUUCUGUUGUGGAAAUUUUCCCUUUUCACAUUUUCCAAGAUUCUACCCUUUCCUGACUCCUGUUACUUUCAGAAAGCUUUUUCUUUGGCUUUGUGGCUUAUACUUUUUCUGCCAGCCUCUUUAAUAUUCAUCCUUCCCUAAAUGUUAUUUGGUAUUUUUCUUUCCUCAGUCCCAUAUAGGAUGUGUAGCAUAUAGCUCAAAUUGCUGUCUGAUUGCCUCUUAAAAUUUUAGUUACCAUCUACAUUGCUAGUAACUCCUAAAUGCUUGUCUUCAUCCUUAGACUCCCUUCUGUAUUCUAAACCCAUGUGUAUAUUAGUGUAAGGGACAGUCCCAGCUUUAUGUUCACAGACCCUUCAGGAGCAACUUGAACAGAUCUGUCUCACUAAAACUUCUAACACAUUUUUUUCCCCUUUUGUUUCCUAAAUGUCAGUGUUUGGCACCAGCAUUCCAGAAGCUGCUCAUUUACUUAGAGUGGGUGGUCGUACAAGAAAGUAGUUAUAAAUUGGUUGCUGCUGCCACUCUGUGAUCAUACCGUAUCCUCAUACUCCUUACAUUCAUUGCUGUUACUUCAGUGUAAAUAAGUAAAUUCACUUAUAUUGGUCUCUGUGAUUCCAAAUCCUUGGGAUCCAUGUCAUUUGAAGAUGUGAUUGUCGAAUUUACCCAGGAUGAAUGGCAGUACGUGAGCCCUGCACAAAGGACCCUGUACAGAGACGUGAUGCUAGAGAACUAUAGCCACCUCAUCUCAGUGGGGUACUGCACCACCAAACCUGAGAUGAUCUUCAAGUUGGAGCAAGGAGAAAAACCUUGGUCCUUAGAGGAAGAAUUCCUAAACCAGACGUACCCAGGAUAUUUCAGUGUUGGUAUUCAUAUUGAGAGGAAUGAGGAAAAACAAGAGAAACCUCUGUGGCAAGUAAUAUUCACUGAUAACAAAACAUUGAGUAAAGAAGGGCAGAAAGUUUUAAAAAAACCAUUUACUGUGGAUAUAACUCCAAAUUCUUCUGGAAAAAUGCCCUGUAAGUGUGACUCAUGUAGAAUGAAUUUGCCAGUUAUUUCUGAAUUAAUUAUUUGUGAUGGAAACUAUUCAAGAAAGAAGGCUGGUUACAUGAAUGUAUGUAAAAAGUUGCAGCUUGAUAUUAAACAUGAGAAAGUUCAUACUGGAGAGAAAUCUUACAGUUAUAAUAAAAACAUGAAACCUCUCAGUAAUGAGAAAGAUCAUCAGAAACUUCAAAGUUUUUUGAAGUCUUUUGAAUGUAAUGAAUUUGGGAAAGUUUUACAUGAUACAACUCUCUGUGUUAUAGGAGAGGAAUCUUAUAAGGAUGAUGAAUUUAGGAAAAAUUGUGAUAAAGCAACUUUAUUUAACUACAUGAGAACUGGCACAAGAGAGAAAUGCUUUGAUCUUAAUGAAUGUGGGAAAUCCUAUGACAAAACCACCACUGUGAAAUACAAUAAAGUUCACAUGGCUAUGACAAACUCUGAAUAUAAUGAAAGUGGGAAUAACUUCAGCAGAAUCUUAUCUCUCACUCAAUCUCAGAGAACUGUUAAAGAACAGGGUGCUUUUGCAAGCAACAAAUGUGACGAAAACUUGAGCCAGAGCUCAACCCAUAUAGUACAAAAAAAGACACAAAUUAGAGAUGAAUUUUGUGCACAUAAUGGAUGUAUAAAUGCCUUCUACCAGAAAUUAGACCUUAUAGUGUGUCAAAGAACUCACAAAGAGGAACUCUACCAAUGUGAUAAAUAUGGGCGGUCCUUCCAUCAAAACUCAGCCCUCAGUGUACAUCAGCAAUGUGAAACUGGAGAGAAGUCAUUUGAAUGUAAUGAAUGCAGGAAAUCCUUUUAUCAGAAAGCAAAACUAAUUCAUCAUCAAAGGAGCCAUUCAGGGGAGAAACCUGAGGAAUGUGAGGACUGCAGGGAAUCUUUUUAUUCAAGUUCACACCCUAUUCAUUAUCCUGGAACUGAUAUGAGGGUCAGUCUCUAUGAAUGUAAUAAAUGUGGGAAAACUCUCUGUCAAAAGUCAAACAUCCAUGAAAAUCUGACAGUUCACACAAAGGAUUAUCAUAACAGUGGAUGUGGGAAAUCUUAGAAGAAGUCUGCUCUCAUAGUACACCAAAGAACACACGCAGGGAUGAAACUCUGUCAAAGUAAUAUGCAUGGGAAAACAUUCUCCAAGAUGGUACAUCUCAAAGAACAUCAGAGAAUUCACACAGGGGAGAAAUCCUACAAAUGUAUUCAAUGUGGGAAAACUUUCUCCAAGACAUCACAUCUCAGAGCACAUCAGAGAAUUCACACAGGAGAAAAACCCUACAAGUGUAUUGAAUGUGGGAAAACUUUCUCCCACAAGACACACCUUAGUGCACAUCAGAGAAUCCAUACUGGGGAGAAACCCUAUGAAUGUAACAGAUGUGGGAAAACUUUUGCUGAUAAUUCAACCCUCAGAGCACAUCAGAGAAUUCACACAGGGGAGAAACCCUAUGAGUGUAAUGAAUGUGGGAGGUCCUUUGCCCAUAUAUCUGUUCUCAGAGCACAUCAGAGAAUUCAUACAGGUGAGAAACCCUAUGAAUGUAAUGACUGUGGGAGAUCUUUUGCCCAUAAUUCAGCCCUUAGAGCACAUCAGCGAAUUCACACAGGGGAGAAACCUUAUGAGUGUAGUGACUGUGACAAAACUUUUGCCCAUAAUUCAGCUCUCAGAGUACAUCAGAGAAUUCACACAGGGGAGAAACCAUAUGAAUGUAGUGAGUGUAUGAAAACAUUUGCCCAUAAUUCAGCUCUCAAAGCACAUCAAAAAAUUCAUACAGGGGAGAAACUCUAUGAAUGUAAUGAAUGUAGGAAAACUUUUUCACAGAAGACACAUUUCAGUACACAUCAGAGAAUUCACACAGGGGAGAAACCUUAUGAAUGUAGUGAGUGUGGGAAAACGAAAAAAAGGCGAAUUCAUCUGAGCUUUGAUGUUGAUGGAUUGGACCCAUCUUUCACACCAGCUACGGGCACACCAGUUGUGGGAGGUCUGUCUUACAGAGAAGGUCUCUACAUUACAGAAGAAAUUUACAAAACAGGGCUACUCUCAGGAUUAGAUAUAAUGGAAGUGAACCCCUCUCUGGGGAAGACACCAGAAGAAGUAACUCGAACAGUGAACACAGCAGUAGCAAUAACCUUGUCUUGCUUUGGAGUUGCACGGGAGGGUAAUCAUAAGCCAAUUGACUACCUUAACCCACCUAAGUAA